AUAGGAGAGUGCGUCGCAGCCUCUUCCAGUUUGAACUUGUAGUUGAAAGUCGACCAAAAGGAUACCCUCAACAGACGAACAAAAUCUUUCUUCAUUCAUCCCCAUAGGACACGUAAGCGAGAAAGUCACUCAGUCCAUGAAGAGACGCCUGACGCAUUAACCCUAACCCACAAAAUCUUACCACGACACUUUGAAUCAAUUUGCUACACCAGGCAACAGUUCGUUUUCAUCUGCAACACUCCAGGGAGCAUAUUUGAUGCUCAGCUGCUGGUAUCGCCAGAACAAGAUAGCGUGAAAAAUAAUGUCCGGUAAUCCAGAAUUCUCGAUUUACGCGGCGCUUCAACUAGCGCUGCUUCCGCGGCAGUACCGCAGCAGAACCAAAGCAGGGCGAGAGGCUUUUGCGGCCACCAGAAAACUCACGCAGUCGUUCCCGUGCUCACGCCUAAAUCUUGACUCGAACGAGGAGCCCUUUACAUAUGCCAAGUUCCAUCCAGACAAAUUAUUACCAGUAGCUCGUUGAGAAAGUCAAAGUGAGCACCUGAAUUCAAGAAACGCACAGUACGGAGGAGCGCAAUAUCUGAAAAACCGAAGCCGCUGUGUGCGUCGGAGACCCGGGUGGGUGCUGGAAAGAAGGAGGUAAUCGGCGAGAAAUUGUGGCGCCGUGGAACAAGGAGACAAAGCAACGUGCGGAUAAUUUUCAGAAAAUAAAGCUAGAGGGAUUAUAAGGAAGAAAGAUACACGAAUCGAGAAGAAGCACAUCAAGCACUCGCCGGCUCUAUAGCUGCUAGAGAGCGGUGGAAGCGGAUCAUGUCCAACGCGUCCUCAGCGUCGACCGGAGGCACUGGCGGACCAUCGUCUUCUUCAUCGUCUUCUGCUGGCCACAGAAUUUUCCACCUACGGACCGACGACCGCGACAAAAAUAUUCCGUCACAGGAUCGCGCUAUAGUGACGGCGAAGUUUGACUGGAUCCUGAACCUGGGGAAUCCCUUGCUCCAGCGUCGCGACUUGUCCUGUCACUCGAAGUGGCUCACCCGGUUGCUCGAAGAGUUGGGAAAAGUAGACUUGCAGAAAUGCACGGCCAAGCCGAUUAAGGUCAUCCGGAAAAUUUCCAAGCUCCAGGUCUCCACCGGGCCAGAUACGAAGGAGCAUUGCCUCCCCAGCAAAGACCCUUGGCACACCUACGAGGUGCUCCCUACUUACUCACUUACACUUUUUCCUGCUCUCUUUUGCAAAUUUAGAUUAGUUUUUUCUUGACGUCGUUGUAUGUGUAAGGUUGUUCGCGUCAACUUGCUUCUCUGUGACACUCGCUCAUAGUACCACGCGUCAUUCCAGCGGGCAUUCUGGCUUGAUUUGAUGUAGCUGAUUGCCUUCCUUUUCUAGCUGGCGCUAAAGGAAAUUCUACCCAGUUUGAGCCGCGUUUCCUCUGUGACAAAGUCACAACACUCAGUGGAGAUCCGGUAUAGGUCGGAGAGACAAAUUUUAUUCGUAUCAACUUCCCUUGCGAGGAGCAAGAAAGAAUGAAUGUGCAGAUUGCGGCCAUACAGAAGGAUGACUUCUUGACAUUUAUCACGCUCAACAGAUCUGACCUGUUGUGAGGAUAAAGUACCUUUUCUUCUUUCCCCGGCUGAAUAUUUAUUUAUCGGCUGCAGUUCGUUGUUACGACGACUUAUCGUGGUUGUUUAAGUAUUUUCAUCAAAACGCAAAGGCGGAUACGCAACUGAUUUCUUUGAUCCGCAAACUUUUCUCAUCGAUCCUUCGGAACUUUUUAUUCAUAUACAGGUAACAAUCACCUACGAAACCUUCGAAGAUUCGGGUAAGCAAGCAAAGGACCGUGGACGAAGGAUGAACGCCCGAUCGCCCGCAGAAGAUGACGCAGACCAGGAGCUCGGCGCGCACACGACGUGGGAAGCAGAUCUUCGCCUUUGGCCUCAUGACUCGCACACGAUCAUGACGGCGGAUGAGAAAUGGUACAACUUCUAUCUACUCCUGACGCCAAAUUAGUAGGUCGUUGCUUUUUAAAUUCUGUUGCUGGCGGUAGCUCGCACAACACAGCUUGAAGCUCCGUGUUUUCUUAGAGCAGCGUCAACCCUUAUUACCUCCUUAGUACAAGAGUCACACUCUGAAACAAGUGAAAGGUCGUGUAUCCAUGGAUUUUGUGCCUUGCAAUACAGGUUUCUCUUUGCAGCGACGAAACAGAAGAAGCAGGAUGCUAAGCGAGUACCAGGUUCGUCCCGGAUUUUGUACGAAACGGGUUUCAACUUAGACACGUUUCACAAAGAGAUCAAGGAGAAGAAUCUGUUCACCGAGCUUGUCUUGGUAACGCGCGAGGCCCGCACGCUUUUCUUGCUCUUGCGACAGUUGGAUAGCCUGGAGAUCGAGCCGUCUGUGUUGAACAAGCUGAAGUGUGUUCGGGCGGGGGAGCCCACAGGGCUGAAGCGGCGACUCGCCGAGAUAGCAAACGCCGAGGUUCCUCUACCCGCUGAAGUGCGCGAGAAGGCAGAAGACAUUUUGCGGAAGUGGGAACAGCGGGAGAGCGAGAUGACAGCCGACGACCGCGAGCGGCAGCCGAAGCUUGCCGUCCUAAGUCCCGACCGCCCGGGCAAAAGGUUGGAAGAGGCGGUCCACGAGCAUAUUGGUGUCAACAAGACGCGCCGCUACGUGGAGUACUGGCGCCUCGCCGACAGAAUCUACCGUAAACAGUUUUGACUUGCACUCAUUUUUUUUCACCUUUUCAUGCGACAACAAAAGAACAAUUUUUUUAUUACAAUUAUCGUGCGUGGUCGUUGCUGGCUGCAGUGUAUAAGAAUAAGAUGAAAAGCGUCGGGCCAUCUCUCUGGUGGCACCCCGUCGUUGUCGUCUCGAGCUGAUGUUGCGUUUCUCAACAGAGCAAGCCGUAAAAUGUGAAGCGCAAUCUACAUUGUCGCCCGUCUUUUUUGAGUAUUUGAUUUCGCGAAGAGGUUGAGGUCAUCUUUAUAGAUGCAGAAAAAUAACUGUUCCAAUUGCAAAUCUCAGGUCAACUCGAGAUUCAAGAGGCCUUUCGACAAAGGAUUGUCACAAGCACACCAAAGCAGCACCUGCACGACGAGGUUGAUAGCAUUGCCGCAAAGAUGUUGAAGAUAGACAUUCCCAAGCUCACGAAAUACAAUUUUCGCCUUUCGCGUAUGCAGAAAGAGACGUUUUACGACGACGAAGAGAGCGACUCCGAGAUCGAUGUUCACAAAGGCUUAUCGCUGCGCGGACACCAGAAGAUGCACUCCCCCUUUUCCUCCGACGAAGAUGAGGAUGGCGAACCGCCACCGCGUCGGGCCAAAACAGUGUCUGAAAGCAAGGGAAACGCGUUCAACACCUCAACAACGGGCGGGCGAACAGGGGGAGGUCCGCCAGAGAAAGGAUCGAACCACAACAACGUGCGUAGAGAAGGUGCCCGUCAGUCGCUCGUACUUGCAGAUUGCAGCAGGAUCGAGCCAGCUCCUUCUCACAAAAACCCUCUGGACGGCGGUGCAGCCGCCUCCGCAAGGACGGGGGAGCAGGCAGCAAGCGCAGAACCGGCGAAACAAACGGGUUCGCCGAAAAUAACAGUCGACAGGUCUAGUUCUUGGGAGGCACUGCCAUCCCCGAUACGAGACGCUGGCUGCGAUGUUGUUCCCUCGUGCGGCGCUAGGUCGAGAACGGCCUCGAGCACACUGUCCACGCAGAACGGUGGCGCAAGCGCAUCUUCAAGUAGCUCCUCUGUUUGUAAACCGCAGCUCCUUUGUCCUAACGGAGAGGGAGGAGAUAUUACUGUGCGUCUGACUACAGUACAUGACGGCGGGCAAGGGCAACGCGUUCCAGAGAACGCCGGGUUUGCGGAUGUGAGCAGGAGCGGAAAGCGGCCCGCGGUGAGAGUAGAUCCCCUAGGAAGCGGUCUUGCCUCUGCGAAAGACCGACCUCCGGCGGCCGCGCCGAGGUCUGUCACGGAAGCCAAGCGAGCAGAGACCGCAGAAGUAGGGACCCCCGCCACCGGCAACGCGUCCUCUUUGCCGAGGACGCGCCAUCAGCUCCAUGGGGAGACUCAAGAAAAAGCGCAGCUUUCGGAGGAGCUAGCCGUGCUUGACAAGCUCGUCAAUGAGAAACUCAGCGGAGAAGAUGAAAGACUAAAGCCAUCUCCGGUCGUUGACAAAGUUACAGCGACUGAGAUAGACAAGGAAAGUAAGAAUGAUACGAACGGGGGCGCUUCCUCGGCGCGACAGAAAAAAGAAGCAGAACAAAACCCGCACGCUUCUCACCAGCAACACCCGGCCAAGAAGAGGAAAAUUGCGAGUAAUCCGAAAGGGCCGUCGGCUAGCACCCGCGCAAAGCUGGACUUGCUCGACCACUCGACAGAAUUGACGCGGCUGAAGCGCGUCCGGGAAGACGAAGGAAAAGAAACUUGUCAAAACCGCAGGCAGGAGACAACCGCACGACCAGCGACGCCAGCUGAGACUCAACUGCAAAGGCAGGAAGCUGAUGAUGUGCCUGCAGAGCAAAAAGACAGGAGAACGAUGGCAGGCGAGGACAUCAAGAACUCUAAGGCCGCAGCGAAAUGCGAUAGUACCAAGGCAAAAUCAACGAAGCUGAAGGCGUGUAGCACAUCGAGCUCGAGUCGCAGCGCGACGACUCCCAGUCCCAGGAGUGCCACGGCGGUAGGACGGUCCAGUACGCGGAAGGGUGCGAAAAAGGUGGACCACGCCGGGACCACGCUAAGCCCUGAAAUAGCCGACAGCGACAAGAAGAGAGCGAGACAGCGCCGUCUCGUGAGUGGCAGCAGCGCUGCGAGGAACGAGCAGAAGCCUGGUUCCAGGAGCAGCAAAACAAGUCAAGAUCAUGUUGAAAACAACACCUCCGGCACAAAUUCCCCCGCGGUGGUCGCUCAUGCUGGGAAAGCGGGUAGUGCAAGUGUGCCGCCCGUCGUAUCACCAAAACCGUCGAGUCACUCCGCCGGUUGCCACCCGGCAGCGGUGAACAAAGCAGCUAAAAACGACAUUAGCGACUCGCGAGCAACAAGCACGAAGAGCCGGGCAAAGACGCUCCGGGAAAACAAGACGACCAAAUCCCCACGUGAAAAACAAGCGGACGCUCGGGACAGGAGCGCAACGACAAAAAAGGUACCCAGCCGGAAGAAGCGAGAGUGA